UUUUGUUUUUGCAGCGUGCAGUAGAUUUGUAUAGCGAUGUUGAAAGUCUGUUGACAGAAUGGAGUUUGGAUUAACUUUAUAUUAUAGCUAUAUAAAAUUUUUCAUUCUCAGUGCUUUUUUUGAGUAAUUGCAAUUUGGCAUAAAAUAUUUUUCACCAUUGUAAGAUUUAAUCCAUAGUCAAGUAAUCUUUUGGAAGUUUUUAGGUAUUUUUCGUGCUUGGAACAGCAUCUAUUUCUUCGGAAAGUAUGUAAAAUAUCAUGAAUUCUUAGGUAUAAGGUUUCUUUUUACAUUUAACAGUUGCAAAACGAGUAAUGUCUGUGAUAAAACGUGACAUGACGUCUGAUUUGGAAAUAAAAUGUUCAACUAAUCUUCAGAAAGUGACGAGUGUGUCUCUUUACGACAAUAAUUCGGCAGUUUCCGAAGAGCUUGAUUUUGAAGACUAUAAGGACCAAAGUAAUCAAAGCUUACUGAAAUCUACAGCAGAUAAAGUCGAAAAGGAUCACAACUAUGUAGAACAAAAUUCGACAGCAAUGGAAAGCAACAGUAUUGGAAAAACGGACACUACGGAUGUUAUUUCCGUUAUUGAUGGCGAAAUUUUGGAUGACGGAGAUUUUGAUGAUCACAAUUCUACAGAACAAGAUUUGAGAGCAAAGCAAAUAAAUAUUACUGAAAAAUUGGAAGCAGAAAGUGUUUUUGACGCUGAUGGUGAAAUAUUGGAUGACAGAGAUUCAGAUGAAAAUAGUUCUAUAAAGCGAGAUUUGGAAACAAUGGAGAAUAGUAAUAUUAGAAAGAGUAAUGUCUCGGAUACUACUUCUGAUGCUGACGGUGAAUUUUUGGAUGAUAGAGAGAUAAAUGAUAUUGAAGAAGGAGAAAUUAAAGAAAAUUCACCUGAUUCGCCUAGUAAUUUUGUUUGUCGUUUUUUUCAAGAAGGAAGAUGCAGAUGGGGAACUCAGUGCCGUUUUAUGCACGUUACUGAUAAAGGUCUUUACAAUAUGUUUGAUGAACCUUCUGAUAAAAGCAGUCUAACUGUGCCUUCUAAUAAAAGCUCCUUAGAUCUCUAUCCUCUGAAUACAGGUGUCACCUGCAAUACAGGUGUCUGUUUUUCGAAUUUUUCUAAAGAUGUACCGAUUUGUGAAAGUGCAUGGGAUAAAGCUCUGUCUCAAGCUAAAGAAAUUAUUGAGAAAUCAAAAAAGAGAAAAGAAGAUAAGGAUUUUGAAGAGAAGAAGUUGUAUCUUAGUCCAGAGAAGAACAAAACACAAAACGGAAGUUCAUACAAUAAAAAGCACUCUUCUCGUACAUCAAAUUUUAAUUCUGAGCAAGAGAAAAUAAAUGUAGCACGGGCACAAAAUAAAAGAUAUCGCAAAGAAUUGUCAGUACAAGCUUAUGGGUCUAAGUUUAAAAAACAAGAAUAUCGAAAGCCUUUUAACAAAAAUGCAAUCCGGAGGACUGAUCAUUUUACCUGGAGAGAUCCUUGGAGGAGAUCUAAAUCUCCGAAAUUUAGGAAAUUUUCUGCGUCAAGAUCACCAUCACUUUCAUCGUCGUCAUCAUCAGUAUGUUCUUAUUCCGUUACUUCAUAUAGUUCAUCGCGUUGCACUGGAUCUUCGUGCAGAAGUUACUCAAGAAGUCCUGUCAGGAGUAGGCGCAAAGAACUGUAUCAUAAAAUAAAGAGAAGCAGGUCUCCCAGAAAGUAUAGGGAUAGACGAUCUCUUUCGAAAUCAAGGAUGCUUUCGAGGUACAAAUCUAGGUGGAGUUCCUCUUCUAAAUCUUCGAUUUGCAGUAAAAAAACUGAUAACUCAUCGAACAAUCGUCAUAGUUUCUCCGCUGCUCCUCAGAAAAAACGAAAAAUUUCCCAAACACGUGCGCCAAGUGUGCAGAAUAGUCCGAAAACUUGUUCUUUCUAUGACUCUGAUUCGGAAAUUCAUUCUCCCUCAAACUCGUGUCGUGCUGUAUUUUCUGCGAGUGCAUGUUAUAGUAGUGAUAUGAGCAUUUCACCUAUUUCUAGCCACUCAAUUAGUCCAUUGAGACAAAACAAAAAUUUUGAGAAUAGACUAGAGAGAUGUAUUCGUGUGAAUGAUAAGAAUCUGCAGCACAAUGAUAAGAAUCUGCAACGUAAUGAUUUGAUAAUAUCUGCAAAUGAUACAUCCUUCAAAAACAAGAUAUCCAGUCAUAAUGAAUCUAAACAGACAAAACUUUUAAAAUUAAAUGUUCAGUUGGAUGUAAAUACAUUUUCGAGUCGGAAAGCUGCUGAAUCUGAAUAUAUGCCCAAGAAAAUACCUGCAGUUUGUACGGAAUGGAUUCGAACAGUACGACGAGAAGUUGCCAAACCUACUGACAAAAAAACUUUAUUGUUUAAGGAAUCCUCCGAAUCUUCUGUACCCAGGAAGGCGAAACCAAUUGAUAUAGGAGGUGUAGAAACAGUAAAAUAUCAAACUCGUACUAAUAAUAAAAGACCUUCUAAUAAUACAGCCAACGAUGAUAUACCUUCGAAUACCCUGCGACUAUUAAACGAAGCAUUUUCUAAAAGUAUUUCUCAAUUGAAAUUCAGCAAAACUGUCCAGAAAACCAAUGUAAUUAAAAAACCAAAUGAAAGUGAGAGAGAAAUAAAAAUAUCACAGUUAUCCACACAGUCUAUUCGUAAUCCAAAGAAGUCAAAGCGAGAGGAAUUGUUGAGACAGUUAAAAGCUAUUGAAGAAGCAAUCGCAAGGAAAAAAGGACAAUAAAUUGAUCACUCUAAACAUAAUUUUUGUUCAUCUGUAGUAGCGAAGUAUGGCUCCUCACACGUAAAAUUUGUUAAUAAUCUUAAGUUUAAAAUUCCAGACCAUUAUAAAUGUUCGUGAAUAAAGUUAAUCAGUUCGAAAA